GCUACCCCAGCAUUCCCACUGGCAACCAGUUACAGCAUUGUGUGGUCCUAGCGACAGACAGACAGGACAGGACAGGACAGACAGACGAGUGAGCAAAUGAGAGAGACAUGCCGACUUGAAGGAUGACAGAAGUGUCAACAUUUGGCUCUAACUUGACAGCACCAAAAUGGUCCACUUUUGGAUCCACACGUCUUUUUAGUUUUGGUUGUUUUAGUUGUUGCUGACUUUGAGCAAAGUGUUGGACACUUUGUUUCCCCCUCCAAAGACAGGCGGUAACAAGCUUGGCCAAACACUGACAAGAUACCGCAUGUGACAACGACUGUCACAUAAAGAGAAGACAUACGGGGGUCGUCAUGUACCUCCUCUUUGAUAUGGAUCCAAUCUUCGCCAGCCGGGGACAUUUUAAACGCUUUCAAGGAUUUUGACUCACAUCCCCGGCACACACACACACACACACACACACACACACACACACACACACACACUCAUUGGAGACAACAGAGAAUCCUCCAUGCAGGAUGUGUGUGUACAGGCAUCCACCUUGGGUCACGCUGUACUUAAACCUCCAUUAAAGGUCAGCUGCAGUAAGGAAUGACAUUGUCUGCAAACAAGAGUGUAAAAAUGCUCCGAAAAGAGGAGCGAUGGGCAGAAAGUUGACAUGUAAGAGGUGUAAAAACACAAAAGCAUGACAACGUCUAGCAUUCAAGCCUUAUGGAAAGCAUCUACAGGGUGAGUGAGGUCAUCAUCAAGAAUAAGGCACAGUGACUCAAACGCACACAAAAGAGGGAAAGGGGCUUGGAAACGACACGUGUUUUCUCCUUUUUCUCCACCAUGAUGGAGAGGAUUAACCCCGGAGAGCCCCCACACCUCCUCCCUGGCCCCUCUUCACCAUCGUGUGCAUCUGAUGAGCGCCACAGUCCACUUUUAGCAUCUUCCAUGGACUCUACGGGAGACAAAGAUGCCCCCUCUCCCUGCUCAGUAGAGGUGCCCAAAACCACCCAGAGGACCACCUCAGCCAAUGAGCACACAGACACACCUGAGCCGGUCGUCAUGGAGGACCAAGAAGGACCAAGAUCCAAACCUCCAACACUUUGCUCCCCGCCACCGCUCCUCUCAGCACCAGCCAAGGCAAGCCUGGGCUCACUCCCGCCUCCACCUUCCUCUGCUGCAGCCUCCUCAGCCUCACCUCUUCCUCCCCACAUCCCAGUCAUCAGUCUAGCCCACAGCAAGCCCCCUCUAGCCAUUCCCAACACACCUCUGACCACACUGCACCCCAUCCCCAAAAAACACCCUCACCUGGAGCUCCGCCGCAGCCACCUGGCGUGUUUUCGCAUGUCCAGCUCAGGGGGGUCCGCUGGUUCUGCAGGGGGACCGCUGGCAGUCUCGCCAGGACCGAUGCUGGCUCAGCCGUACCUGCCCCCUCAUCCUUUCUUCACCAGUUCAUACUUGGGUACCUCAGGAGGAAGUUAUGGCGUCAUCACCAGCAGCCGAAUUAAGAGGAGACCUUCGUCACACUUUGAGAUGGAGAUCAAUGAAUCAGGUCCUCCUCAGAAAAUCGCUCGCCGCGUCUUCACUAACAGCCGGGAGCGCUGGCGCCAGCAGAACGUGAACGGCGCCUUUUCAGAGCUGAGGAAGCUCAUCCCCACGCAUCCGCCCGACAAGAAGCUGAGCAAGAACGAGAUUCUGCGUCUGGCCGUCAAGUACAUCAACUUCCUGGUCACCCUGCUCAACGACCAGGCCCGGGAUACAAGCAAGGACUCAUCUGAGGAGGAGGAGGAGGAGGAAGAAGAGAAGAUCCAGAACAUGAACUCAACCGGGCUGGACAACACACUAGAGCCUCUUUUUCAGUGUGACACCCCUCCCCCCUCCCACAGUUCCUCUCCACCUCCAGCAGCAAGAACCCGCCAGGACCGAGACUCCACAGAAUCAGUCGUACCGCUCGCCGCCUUGUCGGCGAGCUCCAGUUGUGACAGCGACACGAACAGUGAGGACAGCUUUGGGGCAAAGGCCUCUGUGGUGACGCAUGGCAUUCUGGGAGAGGUCAGGGGUCAGAUUAGGAUAGUGGCAGCUACGAAUGAUGAGCGCUGAUGACAAAAGGAAGCGGACAGAGGGAAAAUGUCAGACAGGAUGGGAUAUACAGUAAAAGAUGGCAUACCAAAAUGUGUGAGUCCAAAGAGACCGUUUGUUGUGUCUGUAUAUCCAAACAAUAGGCCUCAUGUACCAAUACAUUGGAGCAUAAGAACAUUUGUAAUUAGCAUAGAGCCCCCCUUUGUGGCAUUUGCCAAUGUUUUCAUUAGCCAAGAACUAGUGAACUAUUGUUUUUAUCGGUACAUCUAUUUACACAAAUACAGUGGAACCCGCUUAUGUCAACAACCCAUCUACAGUAUGUGGACCAACUCAUCACGUCCUGGUCCCCCGUAUUCAGUGACAACAUACAUUAUCGACCACUUUUCUCCACAUAAAAUUUUAAGCCCAUUUUUUUAUUAAAAAAAAAAAAAAAAUUGGUCCAUUUAUGUCAACAUGUGUUAAGUAUUAAUAACCUCAUCAAUAUUGCUAAGCAGCCUGAAACGACAGCAGCAACCUAGCUACUGUUUAGUUGCACAGCAUGAAAACAUGCUCACGACUUCCUGUUCAGCACAAAGAUAGCUUCAAAAUAAAAGCACUACAGUAUUAUUUAGUAAUUAAAUACUAUUUUUUAGAUUGUUAGAUUUUAGAUUUGUGAAUGUACGAAGGCUUUAUUGAGUAUAAAAUAUCAUGAAAACAGAAGUAUCAAAUAAAAAAUAAAUGGAGGAAAAUGAUAUCAACAAACACUACAGUGUUAUUUAGUAAUUAAAUACUAAUUUUUAGAUUGUUAGAUUUUAGAUUUGUGAAUGUAGGAAGGCUUUAUUGAGUAUAAAAUAUCAUGAAAACAGAAGCAUCGAAUAAAAAAAAUAAAUGGAGGAAAAUGAUAUCAACAAACUUACGUCGGUUAAAAAUGCAUAAUUAUUGCCCGCUCUCCUUCUGCCUCUGGCCAAAGUCACAAAUGAAUGUGCAAGCAAUGACUAAUUUCGAUUUCAAUUUCGAUUAUGUCUACAACCACUUUUGUCCACGUCAGUCAGCCAGUCUGAGGGGUGUCGACAUAAACGGGUUCCACUGUACAAAUCUGUGAAUGUUCAUUUCUCACACAGAAAAUAAAGUGUGAUAAAAUAUCACUAUUUUUGACUGCAGAAUGAUAGCUGUGCCCCUAAAGCCAAAGCAUUUUUUAUUCAUCUGAUCUCUCAAUAUCUACUCCAGUCGCAUGGCCUUCGAUGGAGAUCAGGUGUGUUUCCCACUGCAGAACAGGACCAGCUUACAAGCAAAUGUGUUUACUAUCAGUCUGCAACAAUACCAUCCAUGAAUUGGCCUUAGACCACCACUGUUCACAAAUGAAAUGCUUCCAUCAGUGCACUUCAAUGGGCAUACUGUGUACACUGUCUACCGAGUUCCUGAGCGUGUGAAUUUUGGUUUGGUUUGGUUUAAUUUAUUUCGAACAUGCAUACAGCAUACAUUGAAUGCUUCAUGUUACAAGUCUCAGCUUCACAUUUUGACAGUGUUGUGCCAUCCCAAAUCGAUUGCAAUCGAUGACGAUCGCAGUAUUUACCCACCUCUUCUUCUUCUCUCCUUUCUGAAGGUGAAUUGUAACCACUCAUCGAAGCAGUAUCACCAGCUUUUGGAUCGCCCAAUAAAAUGUCUAUGAAAUUGAACAAUGUCAAUCAAUGUCAAAUACAAUGUCGUCCCUUGCCAUUUUUGAAUUUCAUAAACCUUUUAUUGCAGGUUUUAUCUAACAACAGGCACAAUAAUCCCUAAUAGAAAUCUUUAAAAAAAAAAAACACACACAAGCUAGUGUUGCUGCAGUAACCCACCCCAAGCUGAAACUCAACUCUGAAACCCCUGCGUCAUUUCCUGCCCACCCGCCACUCAGCUCCCCUAGGGAACACAUUUGUAGCAACACACGAGCAUGGUCUUAUUUAUGUCUUAAAUGGCUUAUUUACUCUUACUAUGUCUACUAUAUUGUGUAAUACGAGCGUAAAGGUGACUAUAAGGGUGUUAUUUCAUGUCUAGAGGGCUCUAAUAAUGUUAAAAACUGUAUUUAGAAGGUCGUAAACAGGUUCACUAUGCUCUAACUCCAAAACUAUUCAAUUUCUAAAUAAGCAAUCCUACUUCACGGAAAUUCCCUUUUUCCACAGUCAGGUCUGGAACCAAUUAACCAUGAUAAGUGAGGGAUUACUGCAAAUACUAACCAUCUUUCUACUUGAUAUUGCGAUGAAGCAAAUUACAUGCAUUCCAACUGUUGUUGUCAGAAAAACAUGGCCCCCCAUGUUGUGACACAAAAUAAAGUGUUUUAGUUCACUCUUCCUCUUAGGCUGCUCCAAACACUGCUCUUUGUCAGCAUGCAUUGUGUCGCAACACAUCUAAAUGUUUGACCACUCAUGUGCAGGGAACCAGAGUCCAUUCUUCUAGGUGGAAAAAAAUGCCAAAACAUGCGCCUCUACUGUGCAAUUAUUUUUCUGACAUAAACACACAUUAUUAAACUCCAAAGGUAGACCCAAAAGAUCGAACUGACUUGAAAUUUCUCUCCCAGUUCACUGCGCUGCACAAAACACCCACUGUAACGUCAGGGUGUUUCACUGAAAUUUGGUAUGCACUUUUAGGGGACUGACAAGCACGUGAAUGUCAAAUUUGAGCAAGAUUGGUUAAAAAACAUGGCUGCCAUCAAGAAAAACGACAAAUUUCUCAUAAGUCAUUGAACAUUUGUCUAAUGAUUAUAAAACUUUGACUAUAUCUGUAUUACAUGUAACCUACCAUGUCUCCCAAAGCAUUUUGACCACAACCCAUAGGGGGCGCCACAAAUGUAAUUUACUGUACAAUCAUGUGAUUUUUCAUUUUCAAAAGAAAUGGCAUUGUUUUUACCAUCAAGAUAUCACCCAACUUACAUGGAAAUUCAAUCUAAAUACCCUUACCACAAAAUAUCAAUCAUGUAAGUAAUACUAGUAAUACAUUAUAAAUACAAAAAUCCUACUAUUAAUGUAACUUUCACUUCACAGGUGUGCCUUGUCAGGGUUACUUUGUGAAAAUCUUGCCUUAUCAAUGGCGUUGGGGCCAUGGGUUUGUGUUGUGUGUGUCCAAACUUUUGGCCUGUACAGUGUAUAUAUCCUACAAUUACA